AUGAUUCUAGAAGAACUAUUUGGCAGUUGUGUGGCCCUCGUCUCGCGUUUAAUAAUUCAAACACCACCGAUAUCCCGAGAAAAUCUACAAAGCGAAUACACGUUGAUAUCCGCUCCAAAUCCUGAACAAGACGAAGUAUACAACGGCUUAAUACACCAGGAGUACGAACAAGAGCCUCCGACCGAGGUCCCUUGUUAUGAAGAUGGAACGUUUGUUUGGAUGCAAGCUGACCCAAGGCGAAAUUUCUGCGAAUCAUCAAUCCGAAUUUUGAAGGCAAAUGUCGGAUUAAUAACGGCGGUUGUUUUCGUAUUAGGGUCGCUUACAGUUGGACUCAUCUACGUGGACUUAAAUUCAAAUGACGCUUGUACAGAAUGGACGGACAAAAAUCUUAGUGUUCCAGCGCAC